AUGGUGCCUCACACUAUUGUCCCGAUCACAGGGGAUGGAGCUUGCCUGUUCCGAUCUCUCUCAUAUCUUAUGUAUUACAAUCAGUUAAUGGCUAGCGAUGUGCGUGAACUAAUCGUGAAACAUGUGGUGGAUAAUUGGGAGGAAUUUUCCAUUAUGUCUCACGACAGCAAGGGGGACAAUUAUACCAGCUCUGCUGAAUAUCUCGCUCACAUGUCUCAACCAUUUACUUAUGGUGGUUUAUGCGAGUUGGUGGCGGCUGGUGAAUUAUUUGGGUUUGUUUUCGAGGUUUACCGCAAUGGUGAGCUCUAUAAAAGUUUUGGUGUUGAAGGUCACCCUGUUAAGAGGCUGCGCUUUACGCAGGACCUUUCUAAAGGACAUUUCGAUGCAUACGUGCCACGUAAAAAUGAAGAAUUGACCACUACACCACUCUUUUUUCAGUAUGAUCAUGCCUCAAAUAUUUCACAACCAUCAUCUCUUUUUGGUAGCAAAAAGGCUUCUGGCAAACGUCGUGCUAGAUAUACUAACGUUAAAAGGAAGAAGCAACUUCAAGAUGCGGCAAGAAAAUAUGCGCAUAAUAACCCUGAGGUGAACAGAGCAGCGGUAACUAGGUACUCAAAAAAUAAGCCGGAGGUGCAUAGAGCAGCGGUGGCAAGAUACCAAAAAAAUAACCCUGAGGUGCACAGAGCGAUAGAGUUUCGAUAUGAAUUAAGCAAUUCUGGAAAACGAUUAGAAAGGCGAGCACUUCCGUGGAAGGUAAAAGCUUAUUCAGGCAUGGCAUAUGAUCCUGAUGUGGAUUAUGAGGCAGACAGCAUUAUAGCUCUGGGUACCAUGAGCCAGAAGUGUAAGUACUGCAAUGCCCUUAAGUGGAAGGAGGAGGCUCCUGGCAUGUGUUGUAAUGAUGGAAAGGUGCAGCUUUCACCUUUUCAACCUCUGCCCGAGCCUCUCUACAGUUUGGUAAUGGGUAGCCACUCUGAGCACGUCCACUUUAUGAAUCGUGUUCGGAAGUAUAAUGGCUGCUUCAACAUGACAUCAUUCGGAGCCAAGCAGGUUCAACAAGACGGCUUCAUACCGACCUUUAAAGUUCAGGGGCAGGUAUAUCACUUGGUAGGAAGCCUGCUGCCAGCAUCUGAGCAAGAAGCCCAAUUCCUACAAAUUUAUUUCGUGGGUGAGGACGAAAGGGAAGUCCGCUUGAGAUGCAACAAUUUUCCAGAUGUCAAACAGAAAUUAGUUAAAGAAUUGCAGAGGAUGCUACAUGAAGUCAAUAGUUACAUAAAAGACCUAAAAACUACUAUAGAAAAAGUACCUACAAUUUGCAAAAAUUUCGAAGUUAUUAUUCAUGCAGAUAGGAAGCCCAUUGAUGCUCAUGGAGGACGGUAUAAUGCACCAACAGCAAAUGAGGUAGCUUUGGUGAUUGUGGGACAGCAAUUUGAGCAGCGAGAUAUUGUGUUGCACAGCCAUGACAACACACUAAAGCGUAUCAGCGAGAUUCAUCGAUCAUACGACGCCUUGCAGUAUCCGCUUUUGUUCUGCCGUGGCGAAGAUGGGUACUCUAUUGCCCUGUCUCAGCGCGAUCCUCAGACCAAGUUGCCCCUAAAGAAUACAGUAUCCGCAGCGAGCUUUUACUCAUACCGUAUUAUGGUCAGGGAAGGGGAAGUUAAUCACUUGGUGUACUUCCGUUCACUUUUCAGUCAAUUUUUGGUUGAUAUGUAUGCUAAAAUAGAGACUGAAAGGUUGAAUUAUAUUAGGAAUAACCAGGUGCAGUUGAGGGCAGAUAGUUACAUUCAUUUGAGAGACGCCAUGGGAAAGCAAGAUGCUGACGUUGCUCAGAUGGGUCAAAUGGUGGUGCUUCCGUCAUCAUUCACUGGAGGACCACGCUAUAUGCAUGAGCGAACUCAGGACGCUAUGACAUACGUCCGUUUUUAUGGUCGUCCUGAUCUGUUUAUUACUUUUACUUGUAAUCCAAAGUGGAAGGAUAUCACAGAUGUACUGCUUCCUGGCCAAAAAUCUCACGAUCGACACGAUAUUAUAGCUAGGGUAUUUCAUCUCAAGGUGAAGAAAAUGAUGGCUCUUUUAAAAAAGGGUGAUUUGUUUGGAAAAGUGACGUGUUUCAUGUACUCUGUGGAAUGGCAAAAACGAGGUUUGCCUCAUAUUCACAUCUUGCUGUGGCUAGAGCAGCGCAUCUUUAAUAAUAUGAUCGACAAAGUCAUAUGUGCUGAAAUACCUGAUCCCGUGAAAGACUCUCUUCUUUAUAAUAUUGUCAAGGCCAAUAUGAUUCAUGGGCCCUGCGGGGGCUUAAACCGUAAUUCGCCAUGUAUGAAAGGAGGCAAUUGCAGCAAGAGGUAUCCCAGGCAACUUCUAAAGGACACUCAGACAGGAAACGAUGGAUAUCCGCAGUAUCGGAGAAGGUCUCAAGCUGAUGGUGGAUUUACCGUAAAAAUCAAUGAAAUAGAGCUGGACAAUCGUUGGGUGGUGCCCUAUAAUCCUGUUUUGUUACGUACUUUCAAUGCUCAUAUUAAUGUGGAAUUAUGUAAUUCAGUUAAAUCUAUAAAGUAUAUUUGUAAGUACGUGAAUAAGGGCAGUGAUCAAGCGACUUUUGCCUUAGAGAAUAAGAGGGAUGAGGUAAAAUUGUACGAGAGUGGACGGUAUAUUAGCAGCUCAGAGGCAGUUUGGAGAAUCUUGGCGUUUCCUAUUCAUGAGAGGUAUCCUGCUGUCUUUCAUCUAGCUGUACACCUCGAGAAUGAAUUGAAAACUGUAAAUGGUGUUGUCUGUUCCACAUUCCAGUCUGCAUGCAAGGCAUUAGGUUUGCUGGAAGAUGACAAACACUGGGACAAUACAUUGGAGGAAGCUGCUUUGUGUGAUUCUUCCUUCAAGCUGCGGGAGCUUUUUACAGUGAUGUUGGUAUUCUGUCAACUUAAUGAGCCUAUGAGUCUUUGGGAAAAGUAUAAAGACAGCUUUUCAGAAGAUAUUACACGACAAGUGGAAAGAGAGUUGCAAAGCAGUGCGCAGCAGAUAAUGGACGAGGUGUAUAACAGAUGUUUGGUGAUGAUUGAAGACGCAGUAUUGGCUUUGGGAGGACAGGAGUUACAACAAUAUGGUCUGUCUCAGCCAAAAAGGUUAGGAGAAGUUUUGAGAAAUCGGGAUUAUCUGAGAGAAACAAAUUAUGAUGUAAACAUCUUAGCACAAGUGGUGUCGAAUAACGAGGGUUUACUAACAGAUGAACAGUUCGCUGUCUAUCGGCAGGUCCUUAGCAGUAUUGAAUUAAGUGCUGGUCAGGUCUUUUUUCUAGAUGCUCCAGGUGGUACUGGAAAAACUUUUCUCAUUAAUUUACUUUUGGCAAAAGUAAGAAGUGAUUGUGGCAUUGCCUUGGCUGUUGCAUCCUCUGGCAUUGCUGCUACGCUGUUAGAGGGAGGCAAGACUGCUCACGCUGCUUUUAAGCUGCCCCUCAAUCUAAACUAUGUAGAAACACCCUUGUGCAAUAUUUCAAAACAAAGCAACAUGGCCCAAGUGUUGCGGGACUGUAAGCUCAUUGUUUGGGAUGAGAGCACCAUGGCACAUAAAGGGGGUUUUGAAGCAUUGAGUACAACCUUAAAAGAUAUUAGGGGUAACGAUGGAGUGAUGGGGGGAGUCACUGUGUUGCUGGCUGGAGACUUCCGACAGACUUUGCCUGUAGUGCAAAGGGGAACUCGAGCUGAUGAG